GGAACGUUUCGGAGACCGACACCAUGGAUAACUUCCAGACUGUUCUACGGUUCUUUAUGAAUCAGAAAACCACUAUUGGCUACAGCUUUAUGGCACUCAUGACCAUCGGUGGGGAGCGAGUCUUCUCUAUGGUCUCCUUUCAGUGCCCAUGCAACCAUGACCAGAACUUUGCCUAUGGGCUGACAUUUCUGCUGGGCCCGGCUGCAGUGCUUUUCAUUCUCAGCCUGUUUUUCAGCACCAGGAUGUGGAGGCUCUACACCGGUUGUUGCCUGAACCCCAUAAAGCUCUGUCCCCGAGGGAACUGCUGCGGCUGUUUUAGGGUCCUAAUGAGCAUCAUCACAGGGGCCUGCGUGGCUCCUGUCAUGUGGCUGUCUGUGGCCCUGCUCAACGCAACGUUUUAUGAGUGUGCCAUCAGCGGUCUGGACAAUAGCCUGGUGGUGGAUCUGUUCUGUAAAAACAAGACACUGAAUUGUCAGGAGGAACUGGCUCGAGUGCCCUGUGAUCGCUCCAAACUACCCAGUGAUGAGCGCAUGGAGCUGCUGCUGAUGUUCAGGGCUCAGUCUCAAAUUCUGGGCUGGACUAUUAUCAUUGUUGCCACUGCUGUAGGCCUUCUGGGGACCUGCUACAAGAACUGUCGCUCCCAAGUCAGCUACCUGCAGCUCACAUUUUGGAAGCGUUACAUGGAGAAGGAGAAAGAGUGUUUUGAUACAUUUGCUGUAGAAUAUGCCACCAAACUGGCUGAGAGGAACCUGCGAAGCUUCUUUGACAACAAAGAGCCUCUUCCUAUGCCUUUCCCUAACCACAAGGCAUGGGAGGAGAUCUCUGCGUAUUACACGUUUACCAAAAGCGAACAGUGCUACAGCAUCUUACAGCGUUACGUGGAAAAGACAGACAGGGACUUUACUCCAGAGAAAACUCCUGUCAUGGAUCCAGAACAUGGAGCAGAAAUGAGCUGA